AACAUCCAGUUCGAAAUUUUGCAGAUGUUGGUUGGUGGCCCGACUUAAAUACUGCUGAUGACACGUGAUUGGCGUGUUUAUUAGACACACGACACAUGACAGCUCACUGCACGAGCUUGAGGUAGGCCUUUGUCGUUCUUUAGGCUGGAGAACUUUGAAUGGGAUUUCCUUUCGCAGACCUCCGUUGGGAAAUAUGGAUUUGAGGCUACAGUUGAGCUCUGGCUGUAACGUUACCGACCCGCUGGUGAAAGAAGAAGACAUCAAAGAGGAGGAAUAUGACCAUAUGAUAUCAUGUCAAGAUGAAGAAGAAAAGCCCAAUGUUGCGGAGUUACACUGUAAAUCUGAAACCGACACCACAGAGUUUAACGUGACAAACGGUGAAACACUACACACUGAUGUGAAGAAGAAAGAAGAAGAAGAGGAGCAAGAGGUUAACUUGAAGACAGAAUUGGAUGGGCAAGAGUACGAUUACCUGCUUGAAAGCCCCAGUGGAACACAGACAACCAGUGGAACACAGACAGCCAGCGGAACACAGACGGCAGUGGAGACUGAAGUGAAGAAAGAAGAGGAGGAGCACGACUAUCCUCUGGAAAGCUCCAGUGGAACACAGACAACCAGCGGAACACAGACAGGAGUGGAGACUGAAGUGAAGACGGAAGAGGAGGAGCACGACUCUCCUCUGGAAAGUGUGUCAGAACACCCACAUUUAACUCAACAGAAGAUCCGUGGACAGAAUGCUGAACUCAACCUACAAGUCAACCAGCAAACGGACACUCUCAGCUCGACUCGAAAGGAGACCACUGGCAAAAAAGAUCACAAAUGCGAAAACUGUGGAAUAACCUUUACAACGUCUUCAUAUCUUCGACGUCACAUGCUUACACAUAGCAGAAAGAGUUGUCACAACUGUGAACAGUGUGGAAAAUCGUAUUCACGACCAUCGCGCCUUAAAGCCCAUAUGCUAGUACACAGUGGAAAGAAGCCGCAUAAAUGUGUCCGAUGUGGAAAAGCCUUUCCGUUAGGUUUGAGUCUGAAAAAAGAGGGCUACUCCUGGAAAGAGAGCAACAAAGGCCGAAAGUCUUCCUCAUUGGAAGACUUGCCGCAGAGACUCACUGAGCGCCACUUUCUGUACAAGGCUGAUGAUCACCCAGAUUGUGUUGUUUGCUCUGAUCGGACUCGCCCUAAAGGCCGCCGUCAGACAAAAUACAGAUGUAGGCAGUGUGGGGUGGGUGUUUGUGUUGUGCCCUGCAAUGAGAGGUACCACACCAAGAAACACUACAAGAAGUGUCACCUGGAUGGAUAGGGAUUCAUUAUAUCUACAGCAAAAGGCCUGCUGCAGAAAUUCACAUUCCCGUCAUCAUUCUCAUCACCACUUAUUAGUAAUGAUUGACACUGUUGAUUUACUAUUUCCCUAACUAUUUACUAUGGUACAAUGUGUGUUCUUUUUGUGUGUUCAUGUUCUUGUGGUGUGUAUGUCUGUCACUAAAGAAACAAACCAAAAAAAAAAAAACAGAAACAACAAAAAGGAGACAUGACAUUUCAUGAAAAUUAAAAAAUCCAAGAUGGCAAGUAUUUGCCCCCUUGCUAAAGUUGACUAAAAAGAGGAAUAUGAAAUCAUGUUUUGGAAAUUGAUCUUAAAGGAACACUUCACCGUUUUUUCAUAUUAAACUACGUUAUUCCCUAUAAGACGAGUUGAUCCAUACCUCUCACGUUUCAAUGCGUGCACUCACUGGCUCUGGCACACGGCGCAACUUUGAUAGCACUUAGCUAGCCCAGUUCAUUCAUUAGGAUCCAAACAGAGAUGAAGUUAGAGGCGACAAAAAUAUGAGUAAAAAUCCAACCUUUAAGAACACCAAUUUUCUUUGUGACUGAAGAUUGUAUUGUAAAUCAAUAAAUGUUCUUCCUUAAGAUACAGGGUCAUAAGUAUUUGCACCCCUAAGUUAAAUUCCCAUAGAGGCAGGAAUAUUUUUUAUUGUUAAAGACCAGCUAUUUCAUGGAUCCAGAAUAUGCAUCCUGGUAAGUUUCCCUUGGUCUUUGAAAUUAAAAUAGCCCCACAUCAUCACAUAUCCUUCACCAUACCAAGAGAUUGGCAUGGGUUUUUUUUUCAGUUAGCCUAUUAGUCCUCUUGCCUGAAGCUGGCCAUUCAUAAAGCCCAUUCAAAUUUGCAUUUGAAAGA